AGUUGCAACCCGCCAUUAAACCAGAAAGAAGACUACUGAAAAGAUAAUAAGGAGGAGGUGUAAGACAGGCUAGCUAGGUGUAGUUUAUACUUGGUUAUGUAUCUGGAAAUAGAUGAAUAAAUGGAGACCAAAAUGUUCGGCGGGCUUCCGGAGCUGGGGAUCUCGAACGGCGAGGACCUUAAAGAGACUCUCACCAACUGCACAGAGCCACUGAAAGCUAUUGACCAGUUCCAGAUGGAAAAUGGCAUCCUUUUGCCAACUCUUCAGUCAGCUCUUCCUUUCCUGGACUUACACGGAACACCCCGACUGGAGUUCCACCAGUCUGUCUUUGAUGAGCUUCGGGAAAAGUUAAUGGAGAGAGUAGCGACCAUCGCUGAGGGCAAGGAGGACGACAGAUAUGGCAAGCUGGAAGAGUUGCUGGAGAAAAGCUUUCCGUUGGUCAAAAUGCCGUCCAUUCAACCAGUGGUGAUGCAGGUGCUGAAACAUUUACCCAAGGUGCCUGAGAAGAAACUGAAGCUGGUGAUGGCGGACAAGGAGCUGUACAAGGUGUGCGCCGUGGAGGUGAAAAGGCAGAUCUGGCAGGACAACCAGGCUCUAUUCGGCGAUGAGGUGUCGCCACUCCUGAAGCAGUACAUCGUGGACAAAGAAGCGGCUCUGUUCAGCAGCGACCUCUCCAUUCUGCACAACUUCUUCAGCCCGUCUCCGAAAAUGCGCCGCCAAGGGGAGGUGGUCCUGAAGCUGACCCAGAUGAUAGGGAAGAACGUCAAGCUGUACGACAUGGUGUUGCAGUUUUUGCGAACGCUGUUCCUGCGGACGAGGAACGUUCACUACUGCACUCUCAGAGCAGAGUUGCUCAUGUCUCUUCACGACCUGGACAUCAGUGAGAUCUGUUCUGUGGACCCCUGCCACAAGUUCACAUGGUGUUUAGAUGCCUGCAUCAGAGAGAAGUUCGUGGACGGCAAGCGGGCCAGAGAGCUGCAGGGUUUCCUCGACGGCGUCAAGAAAGGACAAGAGCAAGUUCUCGGGGACCUGUCCAUGAUCCUUUGCGAUCCGUUUGCUUCCAACACGCUGGUGCUGAGCAUCAUGAGGAACCUGCAAGAGCUUCUGAGCCAGGAUGCUUUACCCAGGGACAGUCCUGAUCUGAUGCUGCUUCUGAGGAUGCUGUCACUCGGUCAAGGAGCAUGGGAUAUGAUUGACAGCCAAGUGUUCAAAGAACCUCGUCUGGAUUUGGAGUUGAUGACUCGCUUCCUACCCGCCAUGAUGUCGGUGGUUGUGGACGACCACACGUUUAGUGUGGAGCAGAAGCUUCCCAGCGAUGAGAAGAGCUCGCUCUCCUAUCCCAGCACCUUGCCAGAUGCCUUCAUGAGGUACCUGCAGGAGAACCGGGUGGCGUGUGAAAUGGGCCUCUAUUAUGUUCUUCACAUCGCCAAGCUGAGGAACAAGAACGCCUUCCAGAGGUUGCUACCUGCCCUGGUGGACACGUACAAUGACAUGGCCUUCGGGGACAUUUUCCUGCACCUACUGACCGGACACCUCACUCUGCUCUCCGAUGAGUUCGGAGGGGAAGAAUUCUGUUCCGUCGUCUUUGAUGGCUUCCUCCUGACUUCCUUUUCCAGUAAGGAGAACGUCCACAGACACACCCUCCGCAUGCUGCUGCAUCUCCACCACAAAGUCUCGCCAUCAUGCAUGGAAACCUUGAUGAAAACUCUGGAACCUCCGAAGCAGAGCAGCGAGCCCGUGAAGGAGCUCCACAGCCAGCUGGCGGAGAAGCUGGAGGCGCAGAAGAAGAGUCCUCCCGCGCCGGAGGAAGCUCCGUCCCUGGAUCUCAGCCUGCAUCCCGUCAACGUGCCCACCACAGCUUCCACCCCGACUAAAACCCUUUGAGACACGAGCUACAACGGCUAAGCUAAUUCUGCAGCUUCUUGUCACUUGGCUGUGUUUUUAUUCCACACCUUUUGUAUACGUGUGUAGUACACACAGUCCUUGUACUAUGACAAAUACAUAGUAGUUUUUUUUUCGGUUUUGACUUUGGAAAACAGUGAUGGACAUUUUUUCCUUUUUUUUGAGUAAACAUCAUGUUGACAUGGUCCAUCCUGGACUUAACUGAUGAAUCAAAACGGUACCCUUCGGAUCAACGGACAAAGAAACUACUUCCUGUAUCUCCUUCCUUUGUGACACCCUUUCGUCUUUUUAUACUGUAUUUUAUAUGUAUACAUCAUGUGUACAGUCUGACUGACUUACAGGGAGGGGGGGGUGGUUUUGUGGAAUGUUUGUCACACUUUCAGAUCGUCAAACUAAUUAAAAUAUCAGCCAAUGACAACACAGCCGAACACAAAAUAAAUAUAGUAUUUUGUGUUAGCUGCUACGAUAACAAUAUUGCUGUAGCUUGUUUAAUAUACAAGUCAGUUACGUAAAUGGAACACUGUUAGCAUUUUUUUUUGUGGGGGCUAAAGCAUCAAAAUAUGUAUUUCUCAUGACGUCCGUUGUUAACUAGCUCAUAUUAACUAUUUUUCUCACACUAUAAUGCACAGAAAAGGGAAGUAAGUCCGUGUUUUCUCCCUUAAAGGAGACCCAUUAUGCUAAUUCUUCCACCAUUUAUAUUGAGCUAUGGUCUCCUAUAGAGCCGCUACACACAAUAACCCACACAUGCCCACUCUGCCGUGAUUGGUCACACACCCAAAGUGAUUCCUAACUAUGAACCAUAUAAGGAAGUCCGUCUCUCUGUGACAUCACAAACGGGCAGUUUUACCACGCCUUCUGAAACCGAGCGUUUUGAGCCAUCAAAACUUCUUUCAGAACUCGCUUCCAAAUGUGCAAACCUCAUUAUCGGAAACUUUGGCAUCGCUAACACGAGAAUACAACAAUACAUUUAUAGGUUAGAAAAGUGGAAAAAAGCAUAAUAGGUCCCUUUUUCAUGAAAAGUUUCAUUUAAAAACUGCAUUUUGUGUUAUUGACUAAUAUUUAAAUUAGUUUGAUCUCAAGUGUAACAAACAUGCAAAAAUAGAACAAAUUAGGAAAGACACAAAUACUUAUCCACACCACUGUAUAUGUUAAUGUGGAAUUAAUGUAUAAGUUCCCACUUGGACUCAACUCCAGGAAGACCGAGGACCUCCUGUAUGUGAAAGCCAACUCAUUGGGUGGCUUUUGUGUUUUCUUCCAGUGGAGUCAGUGGUGCAAGACGUAUGAAAAUCAGUGACUGGAAAAAAUUCUCAAUGGUCAAAAAAGUUGUGGUUAGAAGUAAAAGUAUUACCUUAACUCUGA